AUGCGUUGCAGGUUGCCGUUGUGGAUACUGCUGGCGGGUGUGCUGUGCGUCCUGUCCGAGACUCGCAAGACCCGUCCCCAGGGCUCCAUCCCCUCGCCGUACAAGGCCGGCUCCAACACCUCGGACCGCCACGGCCGCAAGCAGGAGGUCCUGGCCUCCAGCCAGGAGGCGCUGGUGGUGACAGAGAGGAAGUAUUUGAGGAGCGACUGGUGCAAGACCCAGUCCCUGCGGCAGACCGUGAGCCAGGAGGGCUGUCACAGCCGUACGGUCAUCAACCGCUUCUGCUACGGACAGUGCAACUCCUUCUACAUCCCGCGGCAUGUCAAGAAGGACCAGGAAUCCUUCCAGUCCUGCGCCUUCUGCAAGCCGCACCGCUGGACCACGCUGACGGUCCAGCUCGACUGCCCUGACCUGCAGCCUGCCUUUCGGUACCGAAAGAUCCAGCGCGUCAAACAGUGCCGGUGCAUUUCGGUCAGUGUGGCGGAGUCUGGGAAACGAUAG